GAAUGCGCGAGAUAAUUGGUGGUGAGAUAUCUCCCGUGCCUUUGGUAACCCGGCGGGCAUCAAGACUUGUCUGGUUCUGUCUUACCAGCGCCUUCUUCUCAGCCUUGCAUUUUACCAGCUAUUUCGCAGGCAUCCUAAUCUAGUUCGACACCCACAUCACGGGAAUCAUAUCGGGCUUUACGAGUGUUGAGGCUCCCAAGGCCCCUCUUUGGGUCCUUGUGGACGCCAGACGCGAAAUUACCAACGCCAAUGGAUGAUACUGCAUUUCCCGAACCAGAGUCUUUGAUAUUACGCGGCUCUCGCACACGAAUCCUUCGAUCCAGUAAACGCGUUUGAUGGUGGCAUCCCCUUACAUGCCUCCAGGCAGCAGCGUCCUGAAGGACAAGCAUGUGAACUUUGUUCCUUGCAGCCCCCAAAGCACAAAUCAAGCACACAUCGCAGCGGCUGGGACGGGCGAACGGCGGUUGGAGUCGCACAGUGUUACUGUUGCACGACCCGCUGGCAAGGACACCAUCUUCUCGUGCGGUUUUGCGCGCUGGAGGGUGUCACGAGCUGAUCUGGCCUCCCUGAACGGUGUAUUCAAAUGCCGCAAUUCGUCCUUCUUUAAUCUCGAUUCGUCAAUUCAAGAUACACCUCCGAGGCCCAUAUUCAUGCCCUGGAUACCUGCCCUCCAAGCGUUCCUGUGGCACGUCGUUUGUACUGCGCAGAUGAUCUCUCAGUGCGCUUCUCCGUACCCAUUACAGCUCGCUCCGAAGAUGCCUCCGUGCAGCUCUGUCCCAUCGAAGCACCACUGCCAAUAUCGCAUCUUUGCCUAAAAUCGCGCCGAGUUCGUUCCAUUUCGAACGCCUGUCCCUGGUGCCGGCACACCCUCAGGGUGCGCCACCCACGCGACGCCUUUCAUCCAGGCGGUU